UGUCAGUCGUGUAAACGGUCAUGGCGAACAUCUAACUUUCGGGUUACAAAAUAAAAUUAUCAGUGUCAAUAGUUAUGAAUAUCUUUAAAUAAAACGAGGCCGAUAUAAAAAUAUUCCGUCAUGGAGCAAAUGUACCUCAUUGAGAUAUUCAUAGACAAAGUGACGAUAUUCGCAUCUGACGAGGAUGAGAAGAGUGGAGCGAAAAAGAACCUUAUUAUCAAAAUAAAGUUCGGCCCGAAGGUACAGUUUAUCAUCAAAGAGGGCCAGCUGGCUGUUAACGACGAAAACAAGGAUGACAUUAUUGAAUGCGAUGACCAAGGCCGAAGAAAGUGGAGCAGAACCAUCAGAGUCGGUAAAUCUUAUUUAUUCCCAUCCUAUCCAGACACGGUGCUGAUGAUUCUAAGCAAGUUCCCCCUAGAACUAGAGGUAUGGAACGACGACGCAAACGAAGUCGAAAUUUUUGUUGGCAUCGGCUCUAUGCACUGGGAUACCCAUUUCUUCCAUAUGCUGAAAGAAACGUCAGAUGCUUGCAAGCUUCAUGAACCACUUACAAUCAAGCAGAUUACGCCUAUCUUUGCGGAAUGCUGCUGCAGACAAGUUGGCGAGGUUGGCUUCAUAUUGCGAUUGAGUGCGCUGGGUGAAGCUAUUGUAACAGAAUUUCAGCAGUUGAUGAAAGACCCUGACGCAUUUGUCUUUAGAACUGAUAAAGCACCUAGUAUGUUCCAAUGCAAGAGAAUAGAAGGCGAUGAUCCUAACUUCUGCAUGGUUGGCAGUCUUUAUGAAACAACUACUUUAGAAGAUCCAGAUGUAGUAAACAACGCCCAAAAGAAGAUUGAAGUAUGUACUGAGCUGCAAAGCUGUGGUAUGGGACAGAAGGGAGCAGAUUAUAAAUGUGAAAACGAAGACGGCCAAGAAGAGCCGAAGAAGUCUUAUCCCAUUGACAAAAUUCGCAUGGGUGAUAUUACUGGUCCAUGUGGCAAUGCUAACUGCCCACUAGCUCACAAAGUGAGAACGUAUAUAAGAAACCUUGAGGCUUAUAAGAAGGAAGCUUCAGGAGUAUCCGGUACGAAGGAUGUAACAUCAAGAAAAAUAUGUGGUGCAUGUGAUUGCAAAGAUGACAAGUGGCAUCGUGACGAAUGUCCAGAAAUGCAGGGCAAAGACAAGGAGAAAGUAAUGUGUUCUGGCUGUGGAGGUGUCGUCAAUGCUGGAGAGACUUGCGAGGACAAUAAAAGUAAAAUGUAUGGCACCGGGGCUACUCCACGUGGCAGUAAAACAACUAUCGCUUAUGUAUUUAGCGUUACAAAAGUUCCGGAUUACAAAGAGUCUAUGUUUGGGAAAGACUUUGUCGUAGAAAAUUUAACUACAAGUUAUGAUUUCCAAACCGGUGAGUCGAACAAAGCGUCUACAAGUCAAGCGGUAAGGCCAACAGGCGGUUGCUGUUGUGCUAGAAUACAACAAAUGGCAGCAUAUAGAGCGCAAGUAAACAACGUGGCUAGUUCACCAAGCCUAAGAAUGGCUCCCAAAACUGUUGCUUCAACUCCUAGUAUACGUGGUCAAACUUCUAAAAUUUAUAAUGCCGAGGUGAAAACUGCAGGUCCGAAAUAUUCUGUGUAUAACUGUUUACAAAUUGUUGAAGAUACAGACUGCAAAUGCAGCCCGCCUAAACCAUCGCCUCCAUGCAAGACAUUCGAUUGUGACUGUAUCGCUGAGACAGCUAACAUUGCUGCCAGGAAACAACAUAAACCUUAUUGUCCGUCAUUCAAACAUAAAAGCAACUGUCCCGUCACUAUGAAGAAUGAGGAUGAAGAGAAGAAGAAACAGGAUGAUGAUGAAGACGAAGCAGAACCUUUGCCCUACGGCUUACCUCCAAUAAAACUCGGUCCAUGUCCAGUUCUGGGUAGACCUUGCGCUUACCCUGACGGUUUCGCUAAAAUGUACAAAACUGCGGCACUGCCCGCUUUGCCGCCCAGCUACAGUGAUGCGGGUAAAGUGUGUUGUUCUAAGGAAUACGAAAGAAUAAAGAAGGCUAUCAAAGACUACAUGAGGUAUGAGAAAGAUCACGACUACCGUUGUAUAAAUAAAUUUAAUGUCGACACAGAACGAAGAUGUUGCGAUAAAGAGCAGAGACUGCUAUCUCUUAUGGGCAGAGGUUGCUGUGGAGCGCAUAAAUUGGCUAUACAAGAGAAAUUUAAAGAAGAAAAACGUUGAACGCUUACGAUUAUUACCAUUGACAUUUUAUUUUGUAACCCAAAAACAAAUAGUGU